CACAUCGUCUCAGAAAUAGCAGUGGAAAUCGUCGCAAUUAACCAACAGCUCAACAUCCACCCAUUCAGUUGGCACCCUGUUGCAAAACGGAAUUUAAACAAAGUACUGUUACAUCACUUUUUUUCUUAUAAAAAAAUAAAAGCAAUUCAAAAUGCUGCCUCCAAGUGAGGGUGCUGGUGAAGCCAGGAUAGAACCCUCAGAACCUAUUCCAACACAAACAGUCAACAGUUUGUCAAAAGAUGAAAUAGAUGGAAAAAAAUCUGUCACCUACCUGGUUGAUGACAGGAGGCAAAAUCUGAGGCUGAGAAGAACGAAAUCUGUAGCCAGAGCAGAAGAAAUCACCAAAGAAGCUGAAAAAGUCAGGAAAUCACAACCAGAUAAACCAUGUCACAAGCCUAGGGAUUCAUUGUUUUCAUGGUCUUCAGAGUUUCGUGACUUCACAGGACUUGUCAACUGGGGUUUCUUACUGCUGUUUAUGGGAGGACUCAGACUUUCUCUGGAAAAUUUGCUCAAAUAUGGAAUCCGUAUUGAUCCCAUUCAAUGGAUAAUAGUACUUAACGGCGGCACGGCUGAGUUCAGUAUUGAGAAUCCAUCUGUUUAUCUUUUUAUUUACAUCAAUGUUCACAUACUGUUUACUCUCUGGGUUGAGAAGCUUUUGGCUAAGGAACGAAUAAGAUGGAAUCAGGCGUUGCUGCUUCAUAUCUGUAAUUUGUCGUUGAUCAUAAUGAUUCCAGUAAUUUCUAGUUGGACGCUAAAAAACAAAUUUGGUCUUGUGGGACUCACAUUGCUUUGCACUGUUUACACAAUCACAUUCCUGAAAUUGUGGUCUUACAUCCACGUCAACUAUUGGUGCCGUCUCGUUCGGAGUAAAAGUCAACAGCAGCGACGCCGAGCAUUCUCCGUUGUUCAGCCACAUCCUUCUGAUGUAGACAACGGCAAAUCUAUGAACGAAGUAGUAUCCUAUCCAAAUAAUCUGACUGUCCAUGACUUGUAUUUUUUUAUGGCAAUCCCCACGCUGUGCUACGAACUCAAUUUUCCACGUACUUCCCGUAUCCGCAAGCGGUUUUUGAUCAAACGAGUCAUCGAAGUAUUAGUGGGAAUGCAAGUUGUUCUGGGUCUUUUCCAGCAAUGGAUAAUUCCCAGCGUUAAAAACUCGCUCGAAACAUUCUCGAAAAUGGAACCUGUACCUGCCACCGAAAGAUUAUUGAAAUUAGCGAUUCCCAAUCACUUACUAUGGCUCAUCUGGUUCUAUCUUUGCUUCCAUUCCUAUUUUAACAUGUUGGGCGAGGUUCUUAAAUUCGCCGAUCGCGAUUUUUAUGGUGACUGGUGGAACGCGACUAAUAUCGAUGUUUUUUGGCGCUCUUGGAACAUGCCAAUUCACCGGUGGGCCGUUAGGCACUUGUACAUGCCACUGAUCGAAAGAGGCUAUGGUAAAACUGUCGGUUCCGUGUCCGUCUUCCUGCUCAGCGCGUUUUUUCACGAGUACUUGGUCAGUGUCCCAUUACGAAUGUUUAAUUUGUGGGCGUUCUCUGGCAUGAUGCUGCAGAUACCAUUGUCUGCCGUGUCUCACUUUGUCGAGAAAAAAGCUGGGCCGCGAUUAGGUAAUGUUUUGGUGUGGAUGUCGCUCAUACUCGGUCAACCUCUUUGCAUCAUGAUGUACUACCAUGACUAUGUAAUUACUCAUUUUGGUAAAGACUUGAUGGAACAGUUCAGCAAAAUGCGAUAGAAUUCACAUUGUCUAAAGUGCCACGGUGGGGUUUUUUCAACCAAUUACUUUCCUGUUAACUAUGCUGGUCUAAAAACGUUCCUCAUGAAAAUAAUGGUGAAAUUAGUCUCGAGUCUAUUUAGUUCUGAAAUAUUGUCAUUCCGCACACACGAGUUCUUUUUUAUACUCCUUUUUUGUUACAUGAAAUAGUACUCAACUACUUUGUGAUCUGCCUGGGAUUCCUAUUCUAGUUACUUAUACCCCUUGUUGUCCAAUGAAUAAUAAACCAUGGAUUAUUAGCAAAA